CCGAACAUAACCAGACAAAUCGCCUUCUGCAAUCCCAUAGGUGUAGUCAUAGCAAUAAAGGGAAUAUUUUUAAUGUCAGCGAAAAAGCAAACCCUCUUGGACGCUCAAUCUUCUCCGGUAAAUAACCAUGUAUUUCAUUUUUCGUUGGAAUUAAUGGCAGUUUCUGAGGUUUCGGAGGAGAAACGGUUGAAUAUGGAAAGCACGUAAAGCACUUCCUUUCCUUCCAUUUGUUGAGGGAAAAAAUUGGAGAGGCAAAGGAAAUAGCCAUUUCAUUGUCCAAACAGAUGGAGCAUGAGGAAGUCUCUAGUUUGAUAUCAGCUAGCCAGCAGGAUAUGGAAAUGCUAAUGGUACCUGUGGCAAGUGAUGUCCAUCAGGCACCAUCACAAUCAUCUUGUAGUUCUGCCUGUGCCUUCUACAACCCCAAAAAUACCCUUUUCGAGUCAGAAGAGCGAUCUAAGUCGGCAACAAAAAUUUCCGUUCUCAUAAUCUUCUAUCUAAUGGUUAUGAUGGUAGAGAUUGUUGGUGGUCUAAAAGCCAACAGCCUUGCAGUGAUCACUGAUGCAGUGCACUUGCUUACUGAUGUUUUUGGAUUCGCCAUCUCUCUGUUUACAGUCUGGGCUUCAGGUUGGGAGGCAACAUCUGACCAAUCUUUUGGAUAUAGCCGUCUUGAAGUUUUUGGCUCCUUGAUAUCCGUGCAGCUCAUAUGGCUCAUCUCUGGAAGAUUAAUAUAUGAAGCGGUUAACAUGAUUCUUCAUAAACAUUCAAAGGUGAAUGGGGCACUGAUGUUUUCAGUUGCAGCAUUUGGAUUUAUCAUUAACUUAAUCAUGGUUACAUGGUUGGGUCACAACCAUGCUCAUCAUGCUUGUAUAGACAAAGAUCAUGACCAUACUCAUCAUGCUUGUGUGGACAAAGAUCACAACCAUGUUCACAAUCAUGAAGGCGGGUUAUGUGCAAAAGAUGAAGUAGAGAAUGCUAGGCUGGUGUCAAGUCCUCCAGCAGAAUCAAAAUUAGUAAACAUAAAUCUCGAAGGGGUGUACCUGCAUGUCGUAGCUGAUCUGAUUCAGUCAGUUGGGGUAAUGAUCGCCGGCACUGUUAUAUGGGCUAAACCAAAUUGGUUGUUGGUUGAUCUAAUCUGCACACUUGUUUUCUCUGUUCUUGCAUUGAGUGCAACGGUACCCAUGCUAAGAAACAUAUUUCGUAUACUGAUGGACAGGACACCUUCAGAGAUCAAUGUUGCUAGCCUGGAAAGUGGUUUGAAAUGUAUCAAGGGAGUUAGAACUAUUCAUGACCUGCAUGUUUGGGCCAUCACAGCUGGAAAGUAUGUGUUGUCUUGCCAUUUAGUAGCUGACCCUGGAGUUAGCUCUAAUGAAAUACUGUGCCAGGUUAGAGAUUAUUGUGAAAGAACAUACAGAAUUCACCACAUCACUGUACAAGUUGAACAAUAGUUGUCUAUCAGGUUUUUACUUUUUACAACAUCAAUCUAGUAUUUCUAUGGGAGUAAAGCAGUUUACUCUUUUCCCCACUUCUUGCCAAUGUUUAUAUUGUUGCUCUGUUACAAUGAACCAUCUCUUACGCAUUA